CUCCCGUCCUCCGUCCUCCGCUCUCACUCUGGCUGGGAGCAGAACUCAGCCUGGACUCCUGUCGCCGUCGGCACCCACCCUGCCCUGGUCACACCGUGUGGUGACCGCAGGCCGGAGACAUGAGGGCAGCCCGCACUCUGCUGCCCCUGCUGCUGCAGGCCUGCUGGGUGGCCGCACAGGACGAGCCCGAGUCCCCAAAAGCAGUCGCCUUCCAGGACUGCCCCGUGGACCUGUUCUUUGUGCUGGACACGUCUGAGAGCGUGGCCCUGAGGCUGAAGCCCUACGGGGCCCUGGUGGACAAGGUCAAGUCCUUCACCAAGCGCUUCAUCGACAACCUGAGGGACAGGUACUACCGCUGUGACCGGAACCUGGUGUGGAACGCGGGCGCGCUGCACUACAGCGACGAGGUGGAGAUCAUCCAGGGCCUCACGCGCAUGCCCGGCGGCCGCGACUCCCUCAAGAGCAGUGUGGACGCCGUCAAGUACUUCGGGAAGGGCACCUACACCGACUGCGCCAUCAAGAAGGGGCUGGAGCAGCUCCUCGUGGGGGGCUCCCACCUGAAGGAGAACAAGUACCUGAUUGUGGUGACCGACGGGCACCCACUGGAGGGCUACAAGGAACCAUGCGGGGGGCUGGAGGAUGCUGUGAAUGAGGCCAAGCACCUGGGCAUCAAAGUGUUCUCGGUGGCCAUCACUCCCGACCACCUGGAGCCGCGCCUCAGCAUCAUCGCCACGGACCACACGUACCGGCGAAACUUCACAGCGGCUGACUGGGGCCAGAGCCGUGAUGCAGAGGAGGCCAUUAGCCAGACCAUCGACACCAUCGUGGACAUGAUCAAAAAUAAUGUGGAGCAAGUGUGUUGCUCCUUCGAGUGCCAGCCUGCAAGAGGACCUCCGGGGCCCCGGGGUGACCCCGGCUUCGAGGGAGAACGAGGCAAGCCAGGGCUCCCAGGAGAGAAGGGAGAAGCUGGAGAUCCUGGAAGACCCGGAGACCUCGGACCUGUUGGAUACCAGGGGAUGAAGGGAGAAAAAGGGAGCCGCGGGGAGAAGGGCUCCAGGGGACCAAAGGGCUACAAGGGAGAGAAGGGCAAGCGUGGCAUCGACGGGGUGGAUGGCGUGAAGGGGGAGACGGGGUACCCAGGCCUGCCAGGCUGCAAGGGCUCGCCCGGGUUUGACGGCAUUCAAGGACCCCCCGGCCCCAAGGGAGACCCCGGUGCCUUUGGGCUGAAAGGAGAAAAGGGCGAGCCUGGAGCCAACGGGGAGGCAGGGAGACCUGGGAGCUCAGGGCCACCUGGAGACCUGGGUGAGCCAGGAGAGCCUGGUCCCCCAGGAGAGAAAGGAGAGGCGGGCGACGAGGGGAACCCAGGACCUGACGGUGCCCCCGGGGAGCGGGGCGGCCCUGGAGAGAGAGGACCACGGGGGACCCCAGGCACGCGGGGACCAAGAGGAGACGCUGGGGAAGCUGGCCCGCAAGGCGACCAGGGACGAGAAGGGCCCACUGGCAUCCCCGGAGACCCGGGUGAGGCCGGCCCCAUCGGACCUAAAGGCUACCGAGGAGAUGAGGGCCCCCCAGGGUCCGAGGGCGCCAGAGGAGCUCCAGGACCUGCUGGGGCCCCUGGAGACCCCGGGCUGAUGGGCGAGAGGGGUGAAGAUGGCCCCCCUGGAAAUGGCACGGAGGGCUUCCCCGGCUUCCCCGGCUAUCCGGGCAACAGGGGUCCUCCUGGGAUAAACGGCACGAAAGGCUACCCAGGCCUCAAGGGGGAUGAGGGGGAAGCCGGGGACCCUGGAGAUGAUAACAAUGACAUUGCACCCCGAGGAGUCAAAGGUGCGAAGGGGUACCGUGGCCCCGAGGGCCCCCAGGGGCCCCCAGGACAUCCAGGACCACCUGGGCCAGAUGAAUGCGAGAUUUUGGACAUCAUCAUGAAAAUGUGCUCUUGCUGUGAAUGCAAGUGCGGCCCCAUCGACCUCCUCUUCGUGCUGGACAGUUCAGAGAGCAUCGGCCUGCAGAACUUCGAGAUCGCCAAGGACUUCGUGGUCAAGGUCAUUGACAGGCUGAGCCGGGACGAGCUGGUCAAGUUCGAGCCAGGGCAGUCGUCCGCGGGUGUGGUGCAGUACAGCCACAGCCAGAUGCAGGAGCACGUGAGCCUGCGCAGCCCUGGCAUCCGGAACAUGCAGGAACUCAAGGAAGCCAUCAAGAGCCUGCAGUGGAUGGCAGGUGGCACCUUCACGGGAGAGGCGCUGCAGUACACACGGGACCAGCUGCUGCCACCCAGUCCUCACAGCCGCAUUGCCCUGGUCAUCACCGACGGGCGCUCUGACACCCAGAGGGACACCACGCCACUCAAUGUGCUCUGCGGCCCUGGCAUCCAGGUGGUCUCCGUGGGCAUCAAGGAUGUGUUUGACUUCGUCCCGGGCUCCGACCAGCUCAACGUCAUUUCCUGCCAAGGCCUGGCACCCUCCCAGGGCCGGCCAGGCAUCUCACUGGUGAAGGAGAACUACGCAGAGCUGCUGGAGGAUGCCUUCCUGAAGAAUGUCACGGCCCAGAUCUGCAUAGACAAGAAGUGUCCAGAUUAUACCUGUCCUAUCACAUUCUCCUCCCCGGCUGACAUCACCAUCCUGCUGGACGGCUCGGCCAGCGUGGGCAGCCACAACUUUGACACCACCAAGCACUUCGCCAAGCGGCUGGCCGAACGCUUCCUCGAGGCGGGCAGGACGGACCCGGACCACAACGUGCGGGUGGCAGUGGUGCAGUACAGCGGCACGGGCCAGCAGCGGCCGGAGCGGGCGUCACUGCAGUUCCUGCAGAACUACACGGCCCUGGCCAGCAGCAUCGACGCCAUGGACUUCUUCAACGAUGCCACCGACGUCAACGACGCCCUGGCCUACGUGACCCGCUUCUACCGCGAGGCUUCAUCUGGCACUGCCAAGAAGAGGCUGCUGCUCUUCUCAGACGGCAAUUCGCAGGGCGCCACGCCUGCAGCCAUCGAGAAGGCAGUGCAGGAGGCCCAGCAGGCAGGCGUGGAGAUCUUCGUGGUGGUUGUGGGCAGCCAGGUGAACGAGCCCCACAUCCGCGUCCUGGUCAGCGGCAAGACGGCCGAGUACAACGUAGCCUACGGCGAGCGCCACCUGUUCCGGGUCCCCAACUACCAGGCCCUGCUCCGUGGCGUCUUCCACCAGACGGUCUCCAGGAAGGUGGCGCUGGGCUAGCCCGCCCGCAGGCCAGCCCAGACCCUGUCCUCCCACCCUCCCACCCAUCCUUAAACAGUGAAAUGGGAGGCGAAUUUUCCCCACCCGCCUGAUUCACUAGAUUUGUUUGGAAGGAACAGCUUGGAAAGCCAGGAUGCAGCGUGCCCGCUUGGCGCAGCGCCCUACGAGUCUCAGCCCUGCGCUGGCGUCUGCCUGGGCUCCUCGCCCCGCUCUCCCGCCCUCCCUGCCUUCUGCCCACCCGCUCCUUCCUGACGCAUCUGUGCUGCCUCCCACCUGCCUGAGCCAUACCCGCCUCCCCCUCCUCUGUCCCCAUUGCUGGCUUUUCCCACCAACCCGGCAGAAUUCCUCACCUGACAUUUAAUUUACAUGUAAACUCAAAGCAGGCUCCUCCUGUCAGCUGAUGGCAGCACUGGACUCUGUCUCGACCCCCAAGGUCGGGGGCUGUUGUAGACACAGAUCUCGGCCACUCAGCCCUGUCUCCUGAGGGUCCUGUGGGACCAGCGUGGACCUCAGCCCACAGCCCUGGGGGCCGCUGCUGACCAGCACUGACCCCGACUCAGAGCGCUCGCAGGGGCGGUGGCUGCACUCAAGACCCUCGAGAUUAAAGGUGCUAACCCCGUCUGCUCCUGCCUCCCGCAGAGACCGGGGCCGGGGCUGGACUGAGAACCCCAUGGUGCCACAGAGGCCCGUGUCUUCCUAGAAACAACGCAAACCUCUCCUCACAAUAGCAAUGUGUUCGAUGUUUUCUCCGAGGCCCUCUUUCUACGUUCGUGUUAUUUUUGCUCCUUCUGUGUUUUCUCUGAACCGUAUCCACGUCAACGACUUUUCCAAAUAAAGGUUUUCACUCUUC